CAAAAUUAAGUCAAAAUCAUAGAAAUGACUAUUAGCAAGAAAAUGUUAAUCGUGUUUGUCCUGACUAUCUUCGUUGUAUCUUUUGGUCAUUGCUCUGAUAGUUUUCCUGGUUUAGGAUUAAAGAAGCAAGCACAUAAACAAUGCUACAGUCCAGACCUGUGUACGGGAGGAGACAGCAAAUGUGAUAUAUGUUGUGUUCUUAUAAGUGGUGUAUACUACGGUAAAUGUAUUCAAAGCAAAUGUCAUUGUUUGAAUAAGACUAAAUAAUCUAAUCAACUAUAUGUAUCCGCUAAUAAUAUUAUAAUCUAAUUU